GAUGCAAUUUUUGGUAAAAUCUUCAGGAAGAGUGGGAUACUUCGGAUUUGCUACAGCAGCUGCUACUCAUAAGGAUAUAGCUGGAAAGAAUUUCUUAAAAUUUUAAAGCAAAUAUGCAGAAUAUGUCACUCAAUUCAAUCAAAAGCUGUAAGAGCAUUAUCUUUAAUCAUGUAGUGAAGCUAUUGAGAAAGAUAAUAAGGCACCAAAUGUUGCACCUCAAGGUAAAGCAUUCGAGCAUCCAUAUAAUAAUCCACAUAAUCCAGUUAACUUCAGUGGUGUAAGUGUUAAAUAUUAUAUCAUAGAUUAAAUCAUCUGAAUUGUUUUACAACUUCAUUGGACCAGAAUAAGUGUCACCACAUUAUGAAAAUUUCCUUGUUGCAAGAAAAUAUCUUCUUUUAACUUAUGGAGGAUUGAUUGUUAUUGGAUUUGCAGCAGGCACAACAAAUCUUCAUUGGAUUGCUAAAUCAUCAUUCUUACCAUUCUUAUUCUGGAUGCAAAUUAUGUAUUUCUACUUGGAAGGUCGUAAAUCAUUUAUGAAACCAUUACUUGCUAGAUUUUACAGAAGAGUAGCUGGAAAUGAAUGUUUCUAAUUAGAUCAAUAUUAUCAUGAAAAUAUGUAACUUAAAAUUCGCACACUACUUGAAGCAGCUAAAGGAUAGAUUGAAUAUGGAUAAUUACAUAAAGAAUUCAGAGAUGUUAAAGCAGAAUUAAUUAAUACUGUAUUUAUUAAUAAAUUAUAUUCUUUAGUUUCUUAUGAAUGAAUAAUUAAAUCUAUAGAGACAUGUUGUUGAGAGAUCAUAAAA